ACAUUAGUUACAGUGGGGUUGCCACUGAAUUUAAAGCGUCUCCAGACAGUUAAUGCUCGCCUGGGAGGGUCCCGAGUCUAUAUGAUAUAUGAUAUAGUAUAUCGCUUUCACUAGACUUUACCCAAUGCCCAAGUCCAUAUACCGCCACUAAAUAGGAGGAAAUUGCAGAUGUAACUUUUAAUUGGAUAAUUUAUUACAUGCACUGUUUUCUUUAAAUGAAUUGGUUUAAAUUUCAUUUUCAAUGAUCUGACUGGCCACAUUAUUACGUUGUAAUAAUUAGAAUUACAACACGUACUAAAGUCAAAACAGAACGUGUACUAAAUAUUUGAAAUGCAUAGCCUACUAAAUAACGCUUUUUAUCUGGAUGGAGGAGACAUUAUAUGGAACUAUUUUGUUAGAUAAGAUUACUUUAACGGUACAAAGCUUAUCACAAAACACCAAACGGCCAGCGAUGUGCAUAUGGAUAGUGGAUAAAUUGAUUUACUGUACAAUAGUACCCACAAUGCCAUAGACUCGGUAUAGCUAGUAUUACACACUUCCUCCCACAAUCCCAAGAGUGAGCAGAGGAGAGGAAAGGAGACGGGAGAGACGCAGGGAGGAAGACCGAAUAACAGCGCUGUUUGAGUUGUUUUGUUUUAAAAAGAAAUACAUAAAUAAAAUAAUAAUUUAAACUGUGUGUGUACGUAUAAAAUCGUAAUCUUAAAAGUAGAAGAUCAUUCAUAAGUGACCGCAAUGUCGGCCCAGGCUCAGAUGAGAGCUUUGCUCGACCAGUUGAUGGGGACUGCAAGGGAUGGUUCAGUGUAUCUUUGCCAGCCUACAUCAAUCUGCAAGGGAGUUGCAGAAAAGCCUCAUGUUCAUCGAGCCGUGAUGAAACUCGACAGAGGGUGAAGUUUACUGACGAUCGUGUCUGCAAAAGCCAUCUUCUAGAUUGCUGCCCCCAUGACAUUCUUGCUGGAACGCGCAUGGAUCUGGGGGACUGCUCGAAGAUACACGACUUGGCACUGAGAGCUGAUUAUGAAAUCGCUUCCAAGGACAGAGACCUGUUCUUUGAGUUGGAUGCAGUGGAUCAUCUUGAAUCCUUUAUUGCUGAUUGUGACAGAAGAACAGAACUGGCUAAGAAACGUCUGGCUGAAACCCAGGAAGAAAUAAGUGCCGAAGUUGCGGCAAAGGCUGAAAAGGUCCACGAGUUGAAUGAAGAGAUCGGAAAGCUCCUAGCCAAGGCAGAGCAGCUGGGGGCCGAAGGGAAUGUGGAUGAGGCUCAGAAAGUACUUCAAGAGGUUGAGAAAGUGAGAAGCAGGAAGCGUGAAGCAGAGGAGGAAUACAGAAACUCAAUGCCUGCGUCUAGUUUCCAGCAGCAGAAACUGCGCGUGUGUGAGGUGUGCUCCGCCUAUCUGGGUCUCCAUGACAACGAUCGCCGCCUGGCUGAUCAUUUUGGCGGCAAACUGCACUUGGGGUUCAUUCAGAUCAGGGAAAAGCUGGAGCAGCUGAAGAAAACUGUGUCUGAAAAGCAGGAAAAACGAAACCAAGAGCGCCUGAAAAGACGGGAAGAGAGGGAGCGGGAAGAAAAAAUGAAGAGGAGAGGGGAUUCUUCAGUGACUGAUGCCCCAGGAGAACAGCCUAGGGGGACAGCAUCAGGGACCAGAUCACGAAGCAGAGAACGUAAGAGGUCCCGCUCUCGGGAGCGCAGGAGACGCCGUUCCCGCUCCUCUUCCCGGGAGAGGAGGAGGUCCCGCACUCGCUCCAGAGAUCGGGAGAGGAAGCGCCGGCACCGCAGUCGCUCCCGCAGCAAGGGCCGCCGGCGCAGCCCCCGCGACCGCAGCAGAGACCGGAGCUCCAAGCACAAGUCUUCAAGAGACCGUUCUUCCCGGGACAGAUCACGGGAUAGGGACAGGAAGGAGAAGAGCUCCUCGGAGAGGAGGCAGGAGAGCAUGAAUGGGAAAUCUGAGUCCAGGAGAUCAGAGGAGAGAGAGGCUGGAGAGAUCUGAGGAGAUUGGGGCCUAUUUUGGUUCCAUGUUACACUGUACAUUCACAGAAAAUGAACCCCAGCAAUUUCUUUUUUUUUCUGUACAUGUAAUUGAGCAUAACUGUUAAAUACUGCUGGAUAUAUUUCUUUUUGGGGGUUUAUUUAAGAAGCUUUUUUUUUUUUUUUUUUAAUAGAAAACUGCAAUUCACAUGGGCAAUGUUCAUCAACAGACUUACUGAAAUCAGUUUUCUUUAACAGCCAGACGGGAUGGCUGGGGUAAACCGGGAAUUGCUUGCGAGACCAGUAGGGUCCUCUUUGGUUUUUGCCUUUGCUUCACUGGUGUACUGUAGGGCUUGAGUAAAUCAUCAUAUUUGGUGAUGGCUGUAUAGAAUUAGAACAAGAGUUAUUCCUCAUUUUUGAAAAACAGUUUUGUUUUUAACGUCAGUUUAUAAAGUACAGAAACCAAUUGUAUAUAAAGUUUCCUUUUUUGAAUGCCUAAACAAAUUUGUAUUGAAUAAACAUUUUGCUUGUUUCCCCCCGAAACUGUUGAAAGCAAUGACCCUGUAUCAAAUCUAAAUGGAAGUAGUUUCUGGGGUGCGGACCUUUUUCUGGCUGUUGCAGUGAUCAGUUUAUUUCUGUCUUUUUUUAUUUUAUUUUUUUUUAUUUUACAAUUUUUUUUUCAUUAAGUUAUUCCUAUACUUUUCUGUUUUGACCCACAACCCUGAACAAAUACAAAAGCUUGCAUCCCUGGGCAAAAUUUAUUUUGCAGAUUUAGUGGAAUAUUGCAUUUAAGGGCAAGGGAAUUACGUGGAUUGUUGGGAGGCUGAGAAUUUUGGAAAGUGUAAAAAUAUAAACUAAAUUAAGUUUUACUAUGAAUGCUUUGUCAUUUAAGAACAUUACUAGAAUUGAUGUCCCCCCCCCCCCCUCCCCCCCAUUGGUAGUUUGUCUAAUUAUUUUUAGACCAUAUGUUUAAGCUGACAAAACUUGCUGUAAAUACUGCGUAAGAAUUUCCAAAUGGUUCCUGGAAAUAUUCCUCUUGUGCCUCAUUUCACAAUUAAACUUUUAUCUGUUUCCAAAAA